AUGAAUCGUUUGAAAUGUGUACUUGGUAUUAACGUCCCUCGUCGGAUACCAUCCAAUACUGUGAUACUGAAACAAGAUGUCAAACAUAUGUGCAAAAGCCAGAAAUCGGAUGUUUGUUUAUUGGAGAUGCCACCGCUUUCGCUAUCACGAACCAGAAAGAUCAGCGACUUCAGGAAUUUCCACUGCACACAAACAAGCAAUGGAACGGUGUCGACGCAACAACGCGGCAAAAAGAUUUCGCUGGAGGGAGUUUCUUCAGAAAAAUGUAUCCGAAAACCACUAAUCUCGGCGUGUCAAGUGAAAAGGCCAUCCAGUGGUAGCAAACUACGCAAUGAUGGGGAAUAUAUCGAGAAACCGAUAAAUUUGACGAAAAAGGCAAAUCAUUUGGAUGUUUCGAAAGAAAUUAAAGGAUCAAUUCAGAAAGAACCUCGACCGUACGCGCAGAUGAUAGCCAGCUACAACGAUAAAAUGUAUGGUUCGAGUAGUUCAGAGGUGCUGAGGGACAAUCUGAGUUCGGUUAUGAUCAAUGGGAUCCAUAGGAGUCCGUUUAGCACCGCAUCCUUAGUCUCUUUAAAAUGGAAUAAUAAACGUGAAGAAACUAGGAAUACGAACAUCUCAGACGUUGGUCUAAAUGCGUUCAGCCAAGACGCUAAAUUCAGUAACGCAUCCUGUGCGACGCGUUUUCAUUUUCGAUACGAUGACAUGAGUCCAGACAUCACGGCAGCACACAGCAACGAGCUUCACAAGUCUCUGUCGUACGCGUCAAUGAUAGAAAAAUACAGCAACGCGAUGAAUCUUGGCAUUGAUAAGCACGGUGGUACUCAAGUAUCUAAACGUAAUAUGUCCACGAAGUACAAUCAAGUUCCCAUGAUUGUAAUGAGCGACGAGGACGCAAAUAACAAACCAAGCCUGAUUGCAUCGAACAACGCAAGUGAAAACGUUAGUGGGAGCGGAACCUUAACCGAAGUCGAGAAAAACGAGGCGAAAACGCGAGAGCGAAACAAUUGGUUAAUGAAAAUGGACGAAAUAAUAAAGGAUCUGCAACGAAUCACCGAGAAGGCGGAUUCGAGCAGCAAAUGGAUGUUGCAGUCGGUGCAGGAGCGUGCCUAUUGGUUGGACAGGGUGAUGAUCGCGCACAAAAAGAAGAUCAAAGACAGAAAGGAGAUGCUGGAAAAAGUGUCGAUCGACACCACCGCGACCGAACUCGCAAAUCAUGACGCGAUCCCUAACACGACAAUACAGGAUAACGAAUCUAUAUCAAACGAUGAAAUUCAAAGUAGCGUGCAAGCAUCGUGGAAUCCUGGUCCUAUAAAACCACCUGGUUCGAAACCACCGGGUUCAAAACCACCUAGUUCAAAACCUCCUGCUUCGAAACCUCCUGCUUCAAAACCACCCGCUACAAAAUCAUCUUCGCAAACUGUAACUACCGAUAAACCUUCGAGUUCCACGAUAGACUACAUGAGACGAGAACCUGUGAAUACCUCGCGAAUCACGCCGACGAAUUCGGUGAAGGAGCCACAAAUUGAGCUCAGGAUGACUCCUUCGCAAAAUGAGUCUGUGGUAUCCAUCAACGUGGAUGAGACGGCGACAAAAACGGCCGGUAGCAACAAAGAGCAACUCUCGGUUGUGAUUUCCUCGAAGAGAAACAGAACUGACAAGAUCGAGACGAGUAAUGCGAACGUACGCACUGAUUUCGGUUCGAUGCAGAUAUCCAUUAGCGAGAGUACAAUACCAGUGAAACAGAUCGAAUUUUCAAUAAACGGGAAGCCGGUGUCGGAGUUGAAGAGCAUCGUGGCCAGAGCGGAUAAAUUGGAUGUGGUCAGUUCAGUGGACAAAGUCGAGAUCAGGAUUCCUUCGAAGGAUCGAAACGUGGCAGCCGAACACCCGAGGAACAUCACGACAUCGACCAGCUCGAAACCUGUGUUAAACCUGCAGAUUGCUGCGAAAUUUAACGAGCCACGGUUUCAACAACCUAGAAACGCGGAGAUGAAGACGGAUCCUCCUCAUAUGUCACCUCCAAUCUCACCUGUAACGCCUACGCCGCCUACGCCUCCAUCGCCUCCUGUAAAACCUCACAGACCGCAGAAUCUUUUCAGCCAGGACAUCCCAAAAAGUGGAAUAACGACGAGCAAAGCAAAGGAAGGCGAUCUAGCGACGAAAGGUGAGCCAACGAUGAAAACAACAUAUAUGGACGUCUCCGAUGUGACGGACGUUAAAACGUCUGAAAACGUCGCGUCACAAAUCGAAAACACUUUUUCUGAGAGCGGUAUUCACGCUUCCACGCGCAAGGAAAAAACAAUUCCAAACACCAUGGACGGUGUUUCCUCGAAUGCGGAUCCUAAUAAGACCAUCUUUCAGAGUAACGCGAACGUACCAUCAAAUCCGAACGUACCAUCGAAUGAUCGCACUCAGCAGCCAACGAUGAACAAAGAAGACGGGGUACCUAAAAAUCGAACACCUUCGAACGUGAUUCCCUGGUGGUCCUCCGAGGAUUCUUUCAAGAAGAUCAGGAAGAAGGGUAACACUCCAAAGAAUGUAUCAAAAUACGAUCGUACGUCUACUGUAACUGCGACGAAAGGGAACGCAAAAGCGACCGCAAGAAAAGAAGACAAAUCAAGUACCGACGUUUCACCAACUCAGCAACGUAGUUCCAUCGAGUCUGCAAAACCUGACCCUCAGAAGGUUGAUAAUCAGAGGGAUAUCGUAACGAGGAAACCAAUGACUAAACAGACAAACGAGCCUGAUCCGAUGAUUAACUACGUUCGCGUGAAUAGUUUGCCGAGAUGGGUGCCUAUCAAACGUACUCCCGAAGUAAAAACAAGACCUACAGACACGGGUAGAGUAGUAAAGAGAGCGAGAUAUCGCGUUAAAACUACGACUCAUUCUAGAAAAAGUGCGAAAAAUGAAUUUGACACUCCGGCAGUUCCUACGGUUCAUUGUUCGCCAAAAAUCGCUAAAUACGAUUCCGUGUUUCCACAAAGCGUCAACGUAGAGAAGAAACGUGAAACAAAGGCAUCGAAUUCAAAAUGGAAGACAGAUCCAGAAUAUGCGAAGCCUGUAGUCAUCGAGCGCGUUGAUUCGCACAUUGGGAGAGCAAAUGUACAGAGUUCAAACACAGUAUACAAAAAAGAGGAAUUAGGAGGAAGUGCUAACAGAUCUGCUGAUGUUUCAGUGAAGGAGGAAAAGCGGAGCGCAACAGACGGAACAGGAGGAAAGAAUUUAUCGACUAAAGCGACCAACGAGGAUCUGCGAAUAAAGGAGAUUCUGAAGUCGAUGAAACCGAUCGAGAAAAAAAAGGACGGCACGUUGAUCGAUUACGGUGUGAUCAUACCAUCGAGGAACCCAACGAGAAACGUCAGACAGAUUCCAAGAAUUCUGAACAAAACCUCUGUUAAUAUCAUUUCGAAAGAAUCUAUGCAGAAUCAAGAGAAAAUCGUUGAACCAGAGAAGGUUUCUUCCACGAAGAAGAAGACGCUGACGGAACCGAAGAACUUGAUGGAACAGUCGAAAAUUGUAGAACCAGAGAAGAUAUCUUCCGCGAAGAAAGAGGCAAAUGAUAUUGCAAACACUGAGAUAAAAUACGCGGCGAGUAAAAUGGGCAAACCCGAGUUGAAUUUUCAAGAUGAAAAGACGAAAAAAGAAAAGAAACGUUUGUUUGACGUAAAGAAAGACGAUUUUAACGCACGAAAAGAUGCUACUUCGACGAUCAAAGAGUUUAAAACUAGCAUUUCUAAUAUGAAUCAAGCUGAAAAUGCUUUUAACAGAAAUAAACAAUCCCAACAGCCGAUUUCAUCAGUGUCAGGGAAAUCUCCUUCGGAAGAAACUGUUUCUAAUCGAUCUUUCGAAACUCCAGCAGAAAAAGCCAACGAUACGAAAUCGCCAUUGUUAGAUAAAUCAAAGAACGUGUUUCCUGGAAGUUCCGUUACAUCAGUCGAAACGCAAGCUUCUGAGAAGAAGGAAUUAAAAGAUACUUUAAAAUCAGUAGAGCAGAAGAAAGCGCCAUUAGAAGGAACGACCGCUGAUCCUUCUAAGAUCUCGGAUAAAACAACGAACAAGGUCGAUACUCCUCCACUAAUGGAGACCAUUAACUUCCCUGGUUCACAAAAAUCAAGCGCUAAGACAGUGAAAAGCGAUAUUGCACCCUUAAGGGAAGCCGCUGUUGAUUUAAAAGAAGAAAUCGAAAAAAAUAAUAAAACUGGUAUUGCGCCGUUAAAAGGCACUAUUCAUCUUCGAUCUUUGAGCAAUCAGGACAAUUUGCUGAAGCUAGCUAACACUGACAAAGAGAAAAUAAAUUCAGAAUUGACGAACCAAAAAGAUAAGUUCGUGAAACUGAACGUGACGAAGAAGCCUUCGAAUGGAGGAGGAGGAGGUAAUACAGGAUCGAGUAGUCCUACGACAAUUCCUACAGGACCUGCUGGUUUAUCGAUGCAGUCGGAAGAUACAGAGUCACCCAUUGGGUUGAAAGAAAAGCAGGACCAAAAUGCCGAUAUUGAGAAAAAAGAUAAUGGAAGUUCUACUAAUCAGAAACCUGGUAGCACGUACAUGUUGUUCGUGGACAGGCCCGAGAAAAAUAUACUAUACUCGUCAUGGUUACAACGCUUCAGGAACAACUUUGACGAUGAUAAAACAGUUUAG